GCACCCCUGCUAUGCACAGAAGCCAAGGAACAGCACGGGAAAGGGGUAGACAGCCAGGGAGACAACUGUGGGAAAAGGGGGUCACCUCCCCUUGGAGAGGCAAUGCUGACAGCAUUUCACUGAGAGCACAGAGAAAUUUUGGAAGCUUCUGGGAAUUCUUUGGGUGAAAAUCUAUAUGAGAAGGCCAUCUUGCCUUGGAAUCAAGAAGGUCACUCUGAAAGCUCCUCUUCUGACACCUUGGACCUGCUGCCCCAUCUUGUGAACCAGCUCCUACACUCGAGGGAGGAGGAGGAGGUGGAAGGAACGGAGAAGACAGAGGACAAUGGAUUAACAUUAAUUCUUCAGCUUUGCUCACUUCUAGCCAGAUGGAGCUGUGACCACAGUAACCAGUGACAUCAGAUUCCUCCAAGAUACAAUCACUCCAGCUCUUCUAUCCUACCAGCCUGGUUGGGGAAAAGCAAGACUGCCCUCCCAGCACCUCUUAGGGCACUUUCUGAAGAGACCAGAGGUAGAGAUGAGGAUCCAGAGGUUUUUACUCAGUAGAAAAAGCUGCCAAGAGCAAGUUGGUUAGGCCAAGGCUCCUUGGCAGUUUAAUGAGAGUAGUGUGCAACAGGAACCCUAAAGGACUGAGGCACGGAAGGAAAGACAGGCACACACUCCUCAACAGCUGAUCUGAGGCAAGUGUGUCCUCAUUGCCAAAGGGCUUGAGGGGCUGCAUAGUGAGAAUCACCCCAACCUGGCCCACAGGACUCAAGUGAUGGGAGUCAUGGGAGUCUGACAGCCCACUGCAACCCCUCUGGGAUCUGUCCCCUCCCCACUGAAGGCCGGUUUCCUGGGAGGAGGCAUUGGGUAACAACGGGGUGCGAUAUGAGCCUCGGGAAGUUACCAGUGAUUAGCUGGGUGUCGGGCUCCCAUGGCAAGCGGCGGCUGAAGUCAGAGCUGACUCCAGACAUGAUCAGCCCACCCCUGGGGGAUUUCCGGCACACCAUGCAUGUGGGACGUGGCGGGGAUGUCUUUGGGGACACCUCCUUCCUCAGCAACCAUGGCGGCACCGACACACCCAAAGGCAACAGCUUCUUUGCCCGGACACUGCGGCAUGUGCGGAGGACGCCACUGAGGAACCGGGGCAGUGGGGGCAAGACUGAGGCCUCCCCUGCCCCCCCAGACAUCUCACCCAUCAUCAAGAAUGCUGUGUCACUGCCGCAGCUCAGCGAGGGGACAUAUGGGGAUGGCGAUGGCCUCAUAGGGAAGUAUGCCUUCACGAGCUCCCCCAACAGCCUCUCAGAGACACACCGUGCCUAUGGGCUGGAAUCCAGGUUCUGCACCAUCCCUCGCAUCCCUCGCUCCGAGAAGACCCAAGACAACUCUUUCCCCGUGGAACCGGAGCUCACACGCUCAGACUCCCUGUUGUCCUUCCGGCUGGACCUCGGGCCUUCCCUCAUGAGCGAGCUCUUCCAUGUCAUCAGUUUCUCAGAAGCUGACAGCAAGAGGCAGGAAACAGAGGAAGACUGUGCCCUGGCCAGAGGCUGGGCUGCAUCACCCCUCCACCUGCAUGAUGAAGGGACUGAAGAUGCACUUCCUCGGGGAUUGGGGGUGCCCCACACUGACCAUAUAGAUGGCAACACAGCAUCAAGCCUCUGGGGCCCCUCCAGGCAGGAGGGCAGCCUCUCAGAGGCAAGCUCACCAUUGGGACUCUCCGUGUGCGCUAAUGGAGAGGCCCAUGCCAUCCAACAUGCUGAGGAAGGGCCUGCCUGUGCAGGAGGACAGAACCAGAGUCCUGGAUGGGAGUCAGAGCCCUCUGAGGGGGCAGGAGCACCGUCGAGAGAGACCCCAUGGCAGGGGCACCAGCAUGAUUGCAUCAUGGGGGCUGGAGAAUUCAACCGGGCAGCCCAAAUGCUGGUUUGCCACUAUGGGGGGACAAGCACCCACCACAGCCUGGAAGAGGAGGAGGAGGAGGAUCCCCGGGUGGCGAGAACUCAGGCACCGUGGGAGAGCCCAAGCAGCAGCUACUGGCAGGUGAAGGCAGCAGUAGAGAGGUGCUCCCCCGAGGCAGCAUGGAGCCAGGGAGAGGAGGAGGUUGAGGAAGAGGAGGUCGAGCUCUCGAGCAUGCAGGAGGGCGACACGGUCACCGGCGAGGGCCGCAGUGACUCCUUUGAGUAUGCCAAUGAGGAGGAGGAAGAUGAUGAAGUCAAGGUCUGAAUAGUCACAGUGUCCCAGGGUCUUGGAAUGCCCUUCCUCUUUCGGAGAGAUGCGAACUCUUUCGGGCCCAGCAGCCCUCAUGAGCUGACACCAGACUGCCAGGUGAACUCAUGAUAGAGUCGUGUUUCUUUGGAGUUGUGCAGGGCUGGGAUGGGUGGGGGAGAGGGGGCAGGAGGAAUCUGGUGACCCUAAAAGCUCCUAGGGCAAAGGUUUGCUAGGGAUGGAGGCAGGAAGAGCAGGUGGGCAGGAACGUAAUGACAGAUGCCUGGGCAGGAGCAUGAGCCCAGGGUGGUAUUUAAGCAGGGGGUGUUGGACUGGAACUAGGGGGCACCUCACCCUCCUGCCCCAUCAGCCCCACCCCCUCCUCCCACAGCCUGCGACAUGCUUGCAAUGGCUCUGGCAAAGAAAGGGUGGUGGCACAGAGCCAGUGACUCUCUGCUGCUGGGAGAGAUGUCACCUCCUUUCUGUGCUGCCACUGCCCAGGAUGCAGUACUGGCCAGUUAGGUCUCUGCAAGUGGGCUCUGCCUUCCCCAGGGAGCUGGUGGUGUCCAGAGCUGCUGUGAGGUGAUCAGGAAUCACACACGCCCCUUUCCCUCACACUGCCAUCAUCGUCAGAAGCCAGGCACCAGCCCAAGGGGCCGGCAAAGGAAUUGUCCUGAAAAAUCAAAGAAAGCCCAAGCCCCCAACAAGAAAAUGACCAAGUGACUCCAGAGGGAAGUGGGGAUUAAACCAAGAGCAGAUCAGAAGGAGAGACAGGGCCUGCUCCCCUGUACAGCCACAGCUUUUGUCCUGGGGCCAGCACAUUCCCUGAAAUAUGGAAGUCAGGAAGGACCUCAGAGUCACCAUACUGAUACAAAGCAAAUCAGGAGGCUGCCUUUCUCCAGGGCUGGGGCUGUCUGCCUUUGCACUUCUCCCAGUCCAAAGAGCAAAAUCUUGGGCCUGGGAACUGAGCCCAGUUCUGCCAUGCAGAACUACAGAGCUCCGUCCCCAGGGUGCUGGGCUGGACUCACAUUGCUCUAGCCCUCUCCAGCCCUGCUGAUGUCACUUUGGACCCAACCCCAUGAGGGAAGGCAAUCCAGUUCUUACGGGUCUACACCCAGGGCUCCUCCCAUGUAGGCUCUCCAGUCCCGUCCUUGCUCUUCGUAGAACUGGGCAGGAAUCCAGUGCUGGGUUUUCUCCUCCUCCUAGGGAUUGCCCCAGUCCAUUUCAGAGCACAGGAAUCUAGUUCCAGUUCCUCUCCUUCACCCCAGUGAACCAGGAGUCAGAUGGCAUUGUCCUCCCAUCUGAUUCAAAGCCUGCAUAUGCCAUUGUCUUAGACAGUGGGACCCCUGGGUAGGAUCCUUCUUGUGCCCAGCAGAAAUCUCCCACCCUAUUGCCCUCCUUGCUUGAUCUGCUGCUCAGACGGAAAGGCAGACAUGUCCCAUCUCCUAGAUGCAAGCUAGAAUCUGGCCACAGGCCCAGCUACUGCACUAUGCAGAUUUUGAGAGGAGCUCCUAACCCCUCAUCCCAUCAUGGCAAUCCCUGUUCCUGUUGCACUGUCUUCAGGGAGAUGCUCAGAGCAGUGACAUGGGAGCUCAGUGAGGGGGAUAUGCAGACAUCAGUGGCUUUGGGGCAAAAUUCAGCACAGCUAGGGUAAAUCACGCCAUGGCCCUGAUCAGGGGCUUGAAUGAGACCUGCAGAGCAGGUGCAUCAUGUACUGCAUCUGACACACGCAGAAAUCAGGAGGAGCUGCCUUCUCAGGCCAUGCCUUUCCCCUCCUCCCGAUCCUGUCCUCCAGGACAGCCCCAUCUAGCAUAAUCUUCAGGACUUUGCCUUCUUCAGAACAACCCCAGUACCACUAACCCUAAGCUUUCAAAAUCAGGCCUCAGCGCCCCUUCCCCAAAGCAUCAUAAGAUCAGCUUAACAAUGAGGAGGUUUUACAAUCACUCGAUGGGGAGUAAUCUUCAUUCAUCUCCUGGUUCUGGACACUUGAGGGGUUGGUCCCCUUUCAAGGUUUUCCCCUCAGCCAAGGACAGCUAGAAACUAUCAUGUUUGGUUUAAUAGCAGCUGAGCUUCUUAGGUUCCCCCUGAAUCUGGUGGCUGGGAUGCUACAGGAAAAUACCAACUAUUGUGAGAAUUGCUAUAAAGCCACCAGAGCUGGCCACACUACAACCCAGGUAACCAGGUUUAAGCAAUGAGAUGCCAGGGUCCCUGACCCCGCACUGUCCCCACCCAUUCCCUAGCAUGAGGGACAUCCUCUUAAAUGUAAUAUGCCCUUGCACCGCCCCCACUCCCCCUCCCCACGUACAUACACUUAGAACAAGAAGAUUUUCUCUUUGCUACAGUGACCAGUUUAGCCAGCUGAAAUCUGGGCUGUCUUGGUCCUUCCAUCUGCCCCAGGGACUCCCUCCCACCUCCCCUUCUCCCCCUGCCUCUCCCUCCCCACCAUGCUUUUUGGUGUCCCUUCUUCCCAGGGUGGCUGGUCCCCCUGCUCCUAGUGUCCCCAGCUGGGCAUCUCCAUUGUUGCAAUGUGGCCUCUUCGGAACAAGCCACUCCCCACGCAGUCCCGCGUGCUAAGUCACUCGCACAGAGAGGCCUUUGUGCGACAUGAUUGGGGGGUGAGGUAAUUUCACUGUCCUGCACAGCACAGCCGUUGUUCUUCCCAGGGACCAAGAGGCAGUGACUGGAGAGAGCCAUUCCCACACUUGCACUGCCCAGUCGCUCGGGGCCCUGUUUCCAUCAGGAAGCGCCCGAGAGUAUAAUGGACAGACUGCGACAUGCAUGCGUGUGUAGGACAGUCCUGGCAGACCACAGUCCACUGCCCCUUCCCAUACAGGUCCUCAGGGGUCACAGCCAGCUGAUCUCAUCCAGCCCCCUCAGCCACAUGCCAUGCAGCUGUUCAGCCUUUCCAUCCCAGCACUGCAGGGGGUGGGGGUGCUGUCCCAAGGAGACCGGCCUCUGUGCCAGAGCUCGGUCUGCAGAGACAGAUAGGGCCUGCUGUUCAGAAAUGCUGACAGGCCCUAACACCAACUGAAGUCCCUGGCAGCUGCAAACACUGCCAGCCCCUUGUUCCAUCACACGCUGGUCCCAGGGUCUCUCUCAGGAUGGUCCCUUCUCCCUGCUCUUUUUGGAUUGUACCAUAAGCUCCAAGCCAAAGAUCUGACCCCUAGGACUAUCCCCUCUGUCUCCACGCUGUACCCUGUGCACUUAUUAUUCUUAUUAAAGCCAUUUUUUAUACUAA